AAUUGCGAUUAGCUAUUCUUCAUUAUAUAUAAUAAAUUAAUGUAAAUAUACAGUACAUGCAUAGGCUACGGAUAAACAAGCCCUAGCUAAAAAACGACGUCGUCGUCAGGAAAUCUGAAUCCGUAAUUGCGUUACUGUUAUCUGAACUGAUUUCCACAAAUUCGAUUUCCUCUUCUUCCAAAAGUGCGACGUUCGUUUUUAAAUCUCGGCUCGAUAUUUGCAACUCGGGGUUUAACGAUGGAGCCUGCCCGUAAUCCAGUUUCAUGUCUGAGAGAACAACGAGAGUGGUGUUGGGGAAGGCGUUUCCGGAGUAGGAGUGAAAUGGUGGAGAGAGGCGCUGCGGUGGCGGCGGCGGUGGCGGUGUCGGUGGAGGUUGGAGGCGUCGAUGGGAGAAGAGAGGUAACGAUCGGCGAUUUUGGAAGUUGAAGCGGAAAAUUGAGAGGAUGAACGGAAGGAAUUGAAAGGUGAGUGUGCAACAUUAGAUGGAUGUUUGAAGGUGUAAAAGUGUACAAAAUAUUCCAAUUUCGAAGAACAGGGGAUACAGCAGAGGAGAAUGCAACAGUGACUGUACUACAGAGGUGAUAGCUUUGUCUGUAAUGGAUGCUGUUAAAACCAUCAUCACGGACGAGCAUAAGAAAGAGAUGUGUCGAUAUCUCUAUAACCAUCAGAAUCUCGAUGGAGGGUGGGGAUUGCAUAUAGAAGGGCGCAGCAGCAUCUUUUGCACAGUCCUAAAUUAUGUAAGCUUAAGGCUUCUAGGACAAGAAAUGGACGGUGGAGAUGGAGCAAUGCACAAAGCCAGAACAUGGAUUCUUGAUCAUGGUGGUGCUACCUAUAUUCCUUCAUGGGGAAAGUGCUGGCUCUCGGUUCUUGGCGUGUACGAAUGGGAUGGAAACAAUCCUCUACCCCCUGAGCUGUGGCUUCUUCCUUACUUUCUUCCCAUUCAUCCAGGGCGUAUGUGGUGUCACUGUAGGAUGGUGUACCUGCCCAUGUCAUAUUUAUAUGGGAAGAGAUUCAUUGGGCCAAUUAGUGGAGUUGUUCUAUCUCUUAGGAAAGAGCUCUAUAAUCAAGCUUAUCACCAGAUUGACUGGAAUUUGGCCAGAAACCAGUGUUCCAAGGAGGAUUUAUACUUUCCACAUCCACUCAUACAAGAUAUCUUGUGGAAAUGUCUGCACAAGUUUGCAGAACCUCUUGUUAUGAAAUGGCCCUUCUCUAAGCUAAGGAAUAGAGCAUUAAGCACUGUGAUGAAACAUAUCGAAUAUGAAGAUGUAAACACUAAUUAUCUCUGUAUCGGACCAGUAAAUAAGGUAAUGAACAUGCUGUGCUGCUGGAUAGACGAUCCAAAUUCGACAGCUGUCAAACGACACCUUUCAAGAAUAAAAGAUUAUCUGUGGGUAGCUGAAGAUGGCAUGAAGAUGAAUGGAUAUAAUGGGAGUCAGUUGUGGGAUGUAGUUUUGGCUGUUCAAGCAAUUGUCGGAACCAACCUUCCUCAAGAAUAUGAUUUAAUGCUUAAAAGGGCACACCAGUUCAUCAAAAUGUCACAAAUGAGUAAAGAUAGUUCAGGAGAUUUAAGUUGUUGGUAUCGCCACAGCUCUAAAGGAGGGUGGCCCUUUUCUACUGCAGACAAUGGCUGGGCAGCAGGAGAUUGUACGGCAGAAGGCCUUAAGGCAGCUCUUAUACUAUCGCAGUUGCCAUACGAGAUUGCUGGACAAGCAUUAGAACAAAAUAAGCUAUAUGAUGCAGUCGAUUUGAUUUUAUCCCUUCAGAAUAGUAGUGGAGGUUUUGCAUCAUAUGAGCUCACACGAUCGAAUGCUUGGUUGGAGAUGAUUAAUCCAUCAGAAAUAUUCGGGGAUAUCAUCAUCGACUACCAGUAUGUAGAAUGCACAUCUGCUGCAAUUCAAGGUCUGAAACAAUUCAGCAAAUUGUACCCGGGUUAUCGAAGGAAAAACAUAGAGGCGUGCAUCAAGGAGGCACUUCACUUCAUUGAAAGCAUGCAGUUAUCCGAUGGCUCAUGGUAUGGAUCUUGGGCUGUAUGCUACACUUAUGGGACAUGGUUUGGGAUAACAGGACUAAUAACUGGUGGUAAAACAUAUGAAAAUAGCUUAGCUGUAAGAAAAGGUUGUGAAUUUUUGUUAUCGAAGCAGCUUCCCUCGGGUGGAUGGGGAGAAAGCUAUCUUUCAAGCCAAGACAAGGUAUACACAAACGUUGGGAAAGACGUAUCACAUAUUGUAAACACUGGAUGGGCUAUGCUGGCGCUUAUCGAAGCAGGACAAGCAAAACGGGAUCCCAAUCCACUUCACCGUGCUGCUAAAGUACUGAUUAAUUCCCAAAUGGCGAAUGGAGAUUUCCCACAACAGGAAAUUGUGGGCGUCUUCAACAAAAACUGUAUGAUAAGCUACUCGGCUUACAGGAACAUUUUCCCGAUAUGGGCACUUGGAGUUUACCUCAACAAGGUCUUGAAAGCAUGAAAACAAAACUGUAUGUAUAUGCACUGAAGAAAGAUCUAAUUGUGUGUUCUUUAAGAUGUAAUUAUAAAUAUAAUCGUGUUGGGUCGUUUAUUUUUAUGCAUUAUUUUUUAGGGAUAGAUUUUAUUCAAAUACUCAUCUUGUCACUUAUUAUUCUUUUUCUGAACCAAAUUAUGUAUACGGCAAUCAUUUGGUCCUGGAAAAUUUGUGGUGGUGAUUGGGAAGGGAGAUAAAGGGAAUAUGACAGCACCAAGAUUAAAGAUAACUUAAUUGUUGAUGUGCUUGGUUGGCCUAGCUUUAGAUGUCACUAAACAAAUAGAUAGGAUUGCAACCUUCGUUAUUUCUUAAUAGAUUUUUAUUUCAACUA